CAAAGCUGCUGCAUCAAGAAAAAAACUUGGAAGACACACCUGACUGAAGCCAUGAGCUCCAUCCUACAGAAAGGCAUCAGACCAAUGUGGGUUGUCAGAGGACUGCACAAGUCUGCAGUGGAGGUCUUGAAGUACCCCACCCAUGAGGACACGGUCACGGCGACUUUUGGAAAGUUCAUCAGUGAAGUGAAGCCUCAACACUUGUCCCCUGUGGUCCUUCAUCGCAGCAAGAGGAUGGUGCUGGACAGUAUUGGAGUUGGUCUCAUUGGCAGCACAACAGAUGUCUUUCAACUGGCACUGCAGCACUCCCAGCUCAUGUACGCUCAUCAUGACGUCAGCUCUGUCUACGGACCCGAGGGCAUCAAGCUCUCGCCAACACUGGCAGCUUUUGUCAACGGUGUGGCGACUCACGCCAUGGACUUUGAUGAUACAUGGCACCCUGCCACUCAUCCCUCAGGAGCUGUGCUUCCUGCUGUGCUGGCUCUCAGCGACAUGAUGCCUGCCGACGGCAAACCCAGUGGCCUGGACUUCCUGCUGGCUUUCAAUGUUGGCAUUGAGAUCCAGGGACGUCUCAUGAGGUUCUCUAAUGAGGCCCAUAACAUUCCCAAGAGGUUUCACCCUCCCAGUGUGGUGGGGACAAUGGGAAGUGCAGCAGCCUGUGCUAGCCUCUUGUCGCUGACUCCAUCCGAGUGCAGUCAUGCCUUAGCCAUUGCUGCGUCUCUCUCUGGAGCCCCGAUGGCUAACGCUGCAACUCAGUCCAAACCCAUGCACAUAGGCAAUGCCUCCCGCCUGGGGAUGGAGGCUGCUAUACUGGCCUCUCAAGGACUUCAGGCAAGCCGGCUUGUCCUGGAUGCUGUGGAAGGAGUUGCUGGUUUCAAUGCUUUCUACAAAGACUACAAGCCACAGCAUUUGAAAUCACCUAACGAUGGUGACCAUGUAUUCUUGCUAGAAGAGCAGGAUAUAGCUUUCAAGCGCUUCCCUGCACAUCUGGGCAUGCACUGGGUGGCAGACGCUGCGGCCUCAGUGCACAAGCACCUUGUGGGCUUUGGUCCUGGCACUGUGUCUUCGGCUCACAUUCAGGCCAUCCUUCUCAGAGUUCCCAACUCAAAAUACAUAAACAGGGCUUUCCCAGAGUCGGACCACCAGGCCCGCCAUUCUUUCCAGUUCAACGCUUGCAGUGCUCUCUUGGAUGGUGAGGUGAAAGUGCAGUCCUUCAGCCCUGCAGCCAUGGCUCGUGCUGAGCUCCUCCAGUUGCUGAGGCGUGUCCGUGUGGAGCAUCCCUAUGACAACCCUGCCAAUUUCGAUGGCAUGUAUGGUGAAGUCCAAGUAGCACUUGUCGGGGGAGACAUUCUGAGAGGGCGCUGCGACACAUUUUAUGGUCACUGGCGCAAACCACUAACCGAUGAGAGCCUGCGAAAGAAGUUCAGGAAUAAUGCAGGGGCUGUGCUUCCCGAAGAUAAAGUUGAGAGACUGAUUCAAAUAGUGCAAGAGAUGGAAAAACUCAACGACUGUACGCCCCUUCUCUCACAACUGCAGUGAAAAUACAGGAUUACAGCUGAUAGUGACUCACCUAUGGAGUCUUGUGAAACAAUAUGCAUCCAAUGUACAUUAUACUUUGCGAUGGAGCAAAAAAAAAAAAGAGAAGUAGUGAAGAAGUAUGUAUAUGCACAUAGAAUGUCACAGUAUCAAUAUCGUAUAUAUCUGCUCAUCAUUUUACUUGCUUUACUUCAUAGUUUAUCCCAAACAAUGAACUAUUUAUGUUAAGUACUGAAAUAAAAAAAACUGAUUCUAUUAAUAAAGCUAUUAAAUAAAGCCUUCAGCCGCUCUGCCUUUAUUUCCGCAAACACACUGUGCCUGUUUUCUGCGCAUUUGCAACAUAACGUCAGGGUGCAUGAUGUCGUGUUUUGUGUGCACGCGUGUCACUUUGUGGGUUCAUUCCGUCCACCUUUGAAGUCAGAUUUGCUUUUGUAAUGUGAACGACUACACAGAAAGAUUGGAUUUAACAAAUGAUCUGCAUUGGACAUCAUGCCCUGCAGUGUGAACGUAGCUCUAAAAUUGUUUAUCAGUUUAUUUUUGAAAGGGGACAAUGCAAUUUCAUAAAACACAUGAAGUACACAUGGUUAAAAAAGCCAGAAUUAGCCAGAAGGCUAGUUUUCAUCUGUAGUCCCCUGGCCAUGAUGUAAAAAAGCAGUAAAAUACAUC